AUGACUGAAGAUAUCGAACAAAAAAAGAUUGCUGCAGAAGUAACACCACAAGAACCAAAACACAUCCAAGAAGAUCAGGAUGUUGAUAUGACUGGCGAUGAAGAACAAGAGGAGGAACCAGACAGAGAGAAAAUCAAGCUCCUCACGCAAGCCACAUCUGAAGAUGGUACUAGCGCCUCUUUUCAAAUUGUAGAAGAGGACCACACGCUGGGAAAUGCCCUUCGUUACGUUAUAAUGAAAAAUCCAGACGUAGAAUUCUGUGGUUACUCGAUACCUCACCCUUCUGAAAACCUAUUAAAUAUCAGAAUCCAAACCUACGGCGAAACCACCGCUGUGGAUGCCCUUCAAAAGGGGCUAAAGGACUUGAUGGAUUUAUGUGACGUUGUAGAAUCUAAGUUUACUGAAAAAAUUAAGAGCAUGUAG